CUAAAUUAGAAUUAAUUUUCAAUUUUCUCCAUUAUGAGCUGAAUUUUUUGAUGUACGAUCUUCAAUCUUCAGUCAAGCAAUUUAUUUUCUUCAACAAUCGAGCAAUUGUUUCUAUUUUUUAUUCUCGUUCUUCCUUAUCAACUUGUUUCUCUCCCAGUUGUACGCUGUUGAUGUUUCCUUAUUCCCUCUUCCUGUCAUCUUAACUGCGACAAUUUGAUAUCUCUCAUGGUUAAUCAAACUUUAUCGAUUUACAAUGACAUUGUCUACUUUGGUGUUGAUAAAUUUUACUGUGAUGAAAUUCAUUUGCUUCCAGGAGGCCUCAAGUUUCACCAAGUUUGUCAAGUCCAAGAAAAACCUCGUUUCAACAUCACCAUUCCUCCAAUUGAUAUAAAAAAAGCCUAUUUUGACAGUAAAACUGGAGGCAAUUUGUCAACCCUGAUCGCAGAAACUGUUCCUGAAUCUGGGAUGCUAAUAUGUUUGAAAUUGAAACUUAAUCAAGCUGCUAAUUCAGGAGGGUCCAUUCGUAUUCUUGUUCAAUUUACCGGAAAAGGUGAAGAAAUUAAAGGAAUAUUGGAUGAAUAUUUUUCUUUCUUUAGCCAAGUGAAUUGGAAACUUGAGAGAGUUUUAUCGCGAGGUGUCCAUAAAUACCUUGAUUUUCUGGAAAAUUAUUCUCAACAAUCAUCAAUACGAGCAAUAGACGUUUCAAGUUCAAACUCAGACAAUUUCGUGUUCAACAUGGAGGUUAAUCAAACUUUAUCGGUUCACAACAAUUCUAUUUUAUUUGGUAUUCAUAAAUUCACCUGUGAAGAGCUUCGUUUAAUCUCAAAAGGUAUUAAGUUUGUUCGAGUAUCUGCACCAGGAAUACCGAAUUUGGCCAUUACCAUUUCUCCGAUUGAUAUACAAAAGUUCUAUUUUGACAGCAAAACUGGUGAGAAUUUGUCAACCCUGAUCAUAGAAACUGUUCCAAGUUCGAGUUUCAAACUAUGCGAAUCAUUACAAAUACAACGGAAUCAAGGUGAUCACAUGGAAGGAACAAUUCGUGUCGCAGUGCAAUUGAACGGAAAGAAUGAAGAAAUUCAAAAUCUAUUGGAAGAGUAUUUCGCCACCUUCAAUACUGUCACUUGGAAACUUGACAGAAAUCUAUCUGUUAGUGCUCAUCAAUACUUCGAUUUAUUAAAUAACUCUUCUCAACAACCGACAGUAAAAUCUUCAACGUCUUCUUCCGCUCAUAAAUCUCCCUGUACUCUUUUUUCCCCUCAAUUGGUUAAGAGUAAAAAGAAGACUUCGAAUUUAAAGACAGACGAAACGACUUCCAUUGUUGAGAUCAAUAGUGAAGAUAAAAUUGAAAACGCAAAUACCGCAGUAUCAAAUAGUGAUGAUCGUCUCUUCAGUUAUCCACCUAUUCCCAUUUACGAAGUUGAACAUAUCUCAAUUCGUCAAUCGGAUCUCGCUUGUUUGGAGGAAGGGCAACAAAUAAAUGAUGCAAUCCUGGGUUUCUAUCUUAAGUAUAUUGAAAAAGACUUAACAUCCCCAGAUAUCGCCGAAAGAUGCUACAUUUUCAGUUCAUCUUUUUACUACAAUCUCACCCAUAAACCUCAAACAUUGGAGGUUACAACGCCGGGCAGAAAAUCGCUUUCUGAUAAAUAUUACAAUAGAGUAAAGAAUUGGACAAAAAAUGUGAACAUUUUCGAAAAGGACUUUCUAAUUAUACCAAUUCAUAAAUUCAGUCAUUGGUUUUUGGCGAUCAUUUGUUUUCCAAGAAAAGUUCCUCUCAUGGACGAAGUUGCAUUCAAUGAGAAAAAUGCAAAAAGGCCUCGCAUACUUUUCAUGGACUCGACUCAAAGUGCUCAUAGUAGAUGUGGAUUAGCUGCACCAUUAAGACACUUUCUAGCUAAAGAAUGGGAAUCAAAGAAAACGACUAAGAAAAGUUUUAGUAAAAGUGUAAUGCCUGAUAUUUAUCUCAAGGUGCCUAAGCAAAACAAUGAUUUCGACUCAGGUCUCUAUGUACUACAAUAUAUCGAGAAUUUCCUUAGAAAUCCUGAUCAUUUACUUGACAAAGUUUCCAAAGACACGGCUAUUAAUCUAGAGGAUUGGUUCUCUCACAGACUGGUUUCGGCUAAACGACGAACUAUCAAAAGAUUAAUUAAACAACAGCGAAAAGCUGAAGAAAUCAAGAAAAAUAGUCUUUGUGAAACCGAUGAAGAAAUCUCUUCUUCUUCUUCUUCUUCUUCUUCUAGUUCUUAUUCUUUUGCUGAUUCCGAAAUUUCUACUUACUAAUUCUUGAUGAAUCAACUGCACCUAAAUGAAUACAUCAAAAUUCCAGUUACCAGAGAUUAUUUAUUAUCAUUUCUUUCACUUAUAUACUCUGUUUAUCAUGUAUUUCCAAACUAUUCACAAACAAUUCAUUGACAAGAGAAACGACAGGGAAAUAGUGCAUAUUCAAUCGUUAAUCAAUUAACAUCACAACAUUGUUAUCAUCUCGUUAACUAGUUGUUACUGUAAAAGAAACUAUCACAAGAUUAUCUCUGUUAUUGACAAGUUAAACUUGUCAAGUUUAUUUGUUUGAUUCAAUUGCUUUGAUUGUAAAUCCAUCCGUUCAGAAAUUAAUCCUCAACCAGUGUUUAGUUGAAUGGUUUAUAAUGACUGUGAUAGCAACCAUAUUGUUGAUCAAAAAUUAAAAUUCAACUAAAUUUGUUACUGAUUAA